GACCUCCCUUCAGUUCGAUCUCGGCUGCUGCAUCUCUGGAGGUCCCUAGCCUGGACCCCUGAUUAUAUUUGUCAAAGCGGGGCUAUGCCAUCAUCAAUCCCAUGGCAUUCGACAAAAACAGACAGACAGACACCUCUCUGCUUUCCGUAAAAGGCCGUCGGCGGUAGGAGCUUGAGAAUUAACCCAACACGCUCGAGUAGGCGCCGGGAAUUUUUCAAUGCCGCGCUUAUUAUCCACUGUUUUGAGCCUACGGCGGGAUCCCCGGAUCCUCAAGCUUCCACCUUACCUCUCAGUGCUAUGCAUAGUCGUCGGCAUCGUGUCCCUUCUGCUUUUACCUCUCGAUAACUUUACGAGGAGGACUUAUAUAUCCGAAAAUGCGCUCCUCCCGGGCCAGGUCCAUACGUACUUUGCCGGCAGCGAUCAGAAUGUCUUUCGGGCUUACAAACACGAGGUCAACAGUCUGGUAGACAAGAGCAAUGUCGAGAUCAACGACAAACUCGAGAGCAUUUUCAAGGGCGUAGGGCUCAAAGUUGGCCGCCAGAACUUCACAUACUCGUCUUCCGGCAUCCAACACAGCGGCGAGAACGUCUACGCAAUUCUUCAGGCGCCCCGCGGUGAUGCGACCGAGGCCAUUGUGCUCGUGACGGCCUGGCGCAAUCCCAAUGGCGAGCUGAACCGCAACGGGGUGGCCCUGGCCCUAACGCUGGCGCGCUACUUUCGGCGCUGGUCCCUCUGGUCCAAGGACAUCAUCUUUUUGCUGCCGCCGGACUCACUCGCAGGACCCCAGGCCUGGGUCGAUGCCUACCACGACGCGCACGACCCGCGCAAGGUCGCGGCGCUCCCGCUCAAGUCGGGCGCGCUGCAGGGCGCGCUGGCGCUCGACUACACGCGCGAGGACCGCUACGAGAGUGUGCACCUUGUCUACGACGGCGUCAACGGCCAGCUGCCGAAUCUGGACCUUUUCAACAGCCUCGUGCACGUCGCGGGUGGCCAGAUGGGCAUAGGCGUCUCGAUCCAGGACAUGUGGCACCACCGCAACGACUACCGCGAUCGGCUGCAGACCAUGCUGCGCGGCAUGCUGCGACAGGGCAUCGGGGCAGGCACAGGCGCCCACUCGUGCUUCAUGCCGUACCACGUCGAUGCCGUCACGCUGGUGCCGUACGGCGACGGUUGGCAGGACGAGAUGGCACUCGGCCGCGUCGUCGAGGGCACAUUCCGUAGUCUCAACAACCUGCUCGAGCACCUGCACCAGAGUUUCUUCUUCUACCUGCUCAUGCACAAGGAGCAUUUUGUCAGCAUCGGCACAUACUUGCCUAGUGCCAUGUUGCUGGGCGCCAACUUUACCAUCAUGUCCAUCCUGAUGUGGUUCAAGAGCGGGCAGCCCGAGGAGGAGGAGGAGCCUGAGGGUCAGGAGGCCGCUACCAAUAGUGGAGCCUCAGUGACAUCGGAAUCUCGGCCUGUUGUUGAGCGUGAGCUUUUGGUGCCGCUGUCGGUGAUAGGUACUUGCUUGUUCCUCGGUGCUGUGCCUCUCUAUAUGUUUAACCAUCUCCCUGCAGGUCUUCUAUAUCCAUCCUUCAUCGCCUUCUCAGCAAUUAACAUUUUCCUACCGCCCAUCGCCUCGCAGCUCCUGGAGACUCUCUACUGGCCCACGACGCAGCAGUACCAGCUCAUCAAGUGCUUCUACCUCCUGGUCCUGGGAAUGUUCAUCUCGUCGCUCGCCAUCCUCAACUUCUCCCUCGCCUUCUGGAUCGGCCUCAUCGCCACCCCCUUGACAUUCACCCGGCCCUUCCCGGCCUCGCCCGCCCUCCGCUGGGCCUACGUCGCCCUGCUCAACAUAGCCUCCCCUCCCGCCGUCUUUGCCGUCGCCUGCGCCGCCUGGCGUCUGGACGUCGCUGAAGUUCUGCAGGCCGCUGCCUUUGGCUGGGAUGUCUGGGGAAUGUACACCGCCGUCGUGGUCUGGUGCGUUUGGUGGCCUGCGUGGCUUGCUGGUUCGCUCGUCGUGCUUGGGAGGCCGGCUACCAAGGUCAAGACUGCAUGAACUAUGAGGGAGGUUUUCGUCCAUUGGGAUGGUGUUUGUUCCUUAGCUAGAUGAUUAAAAAACGGCGGACUUGCCUGGUUUUCGAUACCUGGCUUGAUGUACUGAUAAUAUGAUCCUAGGCAGCCUAGAUCUUGCUACGAUAGAUUUUCGCCUCGUUCUAGUUGAUGUCUGUUCGAGUAGGCAUUUGCUGUGAGCAUCAAUAGACGCAGGAUUUACGGUUGACACACAAGACAAUCUUUGU